AUGAAAAAUACAGAUCUUCAAUCACAAAAUUAAGUAGGUUGGCUUUUAAACUUAGUGGGGAAAUUUUCUACAAAAGACUUAUAAAGUUAAAAUUUAAAGGAGAUUGGAGAAGAAUAUAUGAAAAAAAUUUAAUUGAAUGCUUAGCUAUUAUCAGGAUUUAUAUUUACUUAUGAUAUUUAUAAACAAGAGUUUUAAGAAAAAUUAUUUCACAUAUAUCCAAACAUACUUAUUUGUCAAUCAGAUAAAAUAUAUACACAUUUGAUUUUAAGUAAUUGCACAAUAAAAAAAGAGUUAAUAUAAUAUAAAGAGGCUAAAACAUAUGGGUUUAUCAUUUCUAAUAAUUUUGGGAAUACUUAUUUGUUCUUUUCAUAAUUUAUUUAAUAUAGAAAUUGGUAUAAAUUGAUGAAAUAAUAUUGUAAAUUAAAUGAUUUUUUUGGUAAAUAUAAAUUGACUGAACGAAUGCUUCCAGGAGUUUAUCAAUGUUAUAAAAAAACUGUAAAAUAUUGUUUUGAUUAUAGAACAAUGUUUAAUUUACAGCUUAAAUAUAUAAAAUGGAAGAUUUUGAUUUAUGUCCUGAAAUAGAAGAAAUUGUUCAUAAUGAAAUAUAAAUGUUAAGAUCAGUUAAACAUCAAAAUCUAUUAUAAUUAAGAAGAGUUUAUGAAGAUGAUUCAUACUUAUUUAUUUUAUAUGAACAUUUUAAAGGUGAGUCUCUUUAUAACUUAAUAUUAAAAAAUCAAUUACAUGAAGUCUAAAUUGCAUCAGUAUAUACUAUUUAUUAUAAUAUAGAUGAUUUACUAGAUAUUAUAAACCUUAAAAUUUUUAGAUAAACAUUAAUUUUAUCAUGGAAAUUUGAACCCUCUAAAUAUAAUUAUCAACUCUAAUAAUCAAUUGUUAUAAAUAAUACUAAUUAAUUUAUCUUUUAAAGUACAUUUUUUAAUUAUAAUUAUAGUAAUAUAAAAUAAAUGAUAAAUUAGAUUGGAUUUUGAACAGAUAAGUAGAAGGAUUCAUAGCUCCUGAAUUUUAUUUAGGAUUCCCUCCUAAUAUUACAUCAGAUUUGUAUAGUUUAGGAGUAUUAUUAUAUUUUAUGGCAUUCCCAAAAUAAUUACCUAAUGAAUAAUACUUUGAAAAAUUUGAUAUAGAUAUGAACAAAAUAAAAAAAUUGCAUGAAAUAAAAACUUAAUAAUCAAUUGAUUAACUAUCAUGUUUGGAUUAACAAAUUGAAAAAAAUAUAAGUCUAAGUGAAUUAGAUUUAUUGGUAAAAUUGCUAGAAUAAAAUCCUAGUAUUAUAUCUAUAAAUAAUAGGUAAGAGAAUUUAAAUAUCUGAUUGUAUGAUGCACCAUUGGUUUGUAAAUAUUAAAAGUAAAAUAAAAUAAUUGAAUGUUGUAAAAAAAAAGAAAGUUAUUCUUCCUUCUCUUAAAACUAUAAUUGAAUUGAGAUCUUAAAGUGAAUUAGAGAUAAAAAUUUAAUCAUAAUUAUCUAAUAAUAAUAGAAGAUAAUCAAGAUUGACAAUGAAUCAAGGAGAAGAUUUUGAUUUAGGUAAAGUAUGAAAAUAUUUAAGUUAGUUCCUGAUGAAGGACACCCUUUAUAAUAAAUUGCAGAAUUAGAUUUUUGUUAAUUAUUAAGAAAUAGUAACUAGUCUAGAAAAAUAUGA